AUGUCAGGCAUGAGAGCAGUGCGCUGGGCAGGUCCGGCACAGAUGAGCAGACAAGCCAGCUCGUCUCGAUCGGCGACAGCGAUUGCGCACCAACAGCGCCGGACAGUGACUUCAGACCCGACAAGCAAGGAGGUCAUCAAGAAGGAAGAAGAGGCUGCUGCCUCAGAGACUGCAGUAGGCAGGCCUCGAGCCGAUGGAGAGAUCGUGCCUGCAGGGACGGUCAACGGCAUGCCAGCUGAGAUGCACAGUCGUCCCGUGAGGAUCUUCAAGCCCGCUCCACCGACGACGCAGUCUGCUCAGUCGACGAGCCACCACUGGAGAGUCGACUGGGAUAUCCUUCAAGGUGGCGGUCGAUGGGAGAAUCCGCUCAUGGGCUGGGCCUCAACAGCAGACUACAUGCAAGGCACGCAUGUCAAGUUCAACUCGAAGGAGGAUGCGAUCCACUUUUGCGAGAAGCAGGGCUGGCAGUUCUACGUCCAGGAGCCCUCCGAAUUCCACUACAAGCCAAAGGCAUACGCAGACAACUUCCUGUACUCGCCGGGCAAGCUGCGCCAGGUAAAGACAAAGUAUGCAAGGAAUACAGCAUCCGAUUACUUAGGUGUCGAUGAUAAUGUUACGAUAGAGCAAAACCCUUUCUGUGGAGCCGGCAGGCAUCACGCAGAUAGUGAAACAGCGGACUUGCAGAACAGGUCCGGAAUAGCGACCGGUGCGCUUGAUGAACAGUGUGAAAUUAGAGAUCGGGUGGAGCUGCACUUCUAGCAGGCACAGCUGUCGUCACUUUACCGCGCAAACGGCGAUUCCUGGUGUCCGUAGUAGCCCUCGGCUUCGUGUGUUAUCCUUGGACUGUCACGGCCAGUCUCGGUGCGCUGAUCUUCGUCAAUAGACUGGUUGCUGCGAGCGGAAUGUGCCGAGCGGGUAUCAUAGCCCGUGCGAGAGUCAUAGCCCGUGCGAUCAUCGUAGCCUGUGCCGGUCUGGGUGCCAUAGCCAGUCUGAGUUUCGUAGCCAGUCCGGGAGUCGUAUCCUGUCUGAGUGCCACGCUCGGUAUC